UUCUAAUGUUUUCAUUUUUUUAUCCGUAAAUAUUUUGGAUGAGUGUAACAGCAUUCGGUAAUCGCGUAGCAAGGGUUCUCGAAAUAAUCUUAUAUUUUCGAUUCCGACUGAUUGUUACAUUCGUCUAAAAUGCGCCUGCUACAUACUCCCCGGUGGCUGAUUGGAACGCGAGCCUCGUUUAGUUCGAAAUCUAUAUUCGUUCCAGCCCACGAACCCGCCUUGGAAAGUGACCUGCAUCGCCUGGAGAAGUUUCUGGAGGAUAAGCCACACAUCCUGGUGCUGACCGGUGCCGGUAUCUCUACAGAAUCAGGCAUUCCGGACUACCGAUCGGAAGGUGUUGGGCUGUACGCCCGAUCCAAUCACAAGCCGAUUCAGCAUGGGGACUUCAUCAAAUAUGAAUCGGUACGUAAACGCUACUGGGCACGCAACUACGUGGGCUGGCCCAGAUUUUCCGCCAUUACACCAAACGUGACGCACUACACGUUAGCCAGGUUGGAGCGUGAACAGCGGAUAUCCGGUAUAGUUACACAGAACGUCGAUAAACUUCACACAAAGGCAGGCUCGAAAAGUGUCGUUGAGCUGCAUGGUAGUGGCUAUAACGUGAUCUGUGUAGGUAAAACCGGAAAAGGAUGCGACUAUCACAUCCCUAGACAUGAAUUUCAAAGCAUAUUGGAUCAGAUGAAUCCUCACAUGGAGGACAAGUCGACCAUGAUGCGACCGGAUGGAGACGUGGAGUUACCGCAGGAAUACGUUGAGAACUUCAAAAUUCCGCCUUGCCCGGCAUGCGACGGAGCCUUGAAGCCGGAGAUUGUGUUUUUCGGGGACAAUGUUCCGAUGCCACGGAUCGAGCGGGUCGUGCGGAUGAUCCUCGAGUCGGAUGGCGUGCUGGUGCUCGGUUCCAGCCUUACCGUUUUCUCCGGCUUCCGGAUUGUGCUCCAAGCGAAAGAACUGGGACUGCCGGUGGCGAUAGUCAACAUCGGCGAGACACGGGGUGACCCCAAAGCGGAUCUGAAAAUUUCCGCCAGGUGUGGAGAGCUUAUGCAGAAUUUGUUCAAAAAGUGAAACUUCCGGUGUAAGGAAAACAUGUAGUAUAUAGUUAGCAAAAAAAAGUUCGUUUGAUGCGUUUGACGCCGAAGCUAGAGUUUUAUAAUUUGAUUGCUAUGAAAGUGGUUACGAAGAAACCAAAACCAGCCGACAAGCAAUUACAAUGUGACAUCAGUAAAACUGAAACUAUAGAUAUAAAUAUACCUAAGUUUUAAGAAAAUAAAACAAAUGGAAGGUU